AACAUCUCAAUGUUGCAGGACAAUGGCCCUCAAAGACUGGACUUGCAGACCCCUGCUUCAGAUCCAUGAGAUUCCUGAGCGGAAAACAGCUUGGAAGAGGAUUUUACUGAGCGUCUGUCUCUUACAAUAUUUGGAUUUUGAGCAACAUACACCAAGUGACAAAGGAAACACUGACCAGCACUGAAGAUUGGCUGUUGUUUCUGCAACUGCUGUAGCCAAAGCACAGGGAGACACAAGAAAUAAAAGGCUUCAAUCUAAUGGCCAAACAACCAACAGCUGUCCAGAAUGGGACUGGAUACGGAAGACUUCAUCUCACCUAACAUGAUGGAAUCUGGUCUAUUACCUUUUGCAGACUUCCUGKACCUCAACCCCAACAGCUAUGUCAACAACAGCAACAAAAGCUGGAGCAACCAUCCGUAUGGUGAUGAUCCAAGGCUCAACGAAACCGAGACCUUGCAUUACUCACUCCAUAACGCUCUCCUUGGAGUGUCGUUGGGGCUCUUAUCGCUUCUCACCAUCAUAAUGAACCUGCUUGUCCUCUAUGCAGUGAAGAAAGAAAAAACUCUCCACACGGUGGGAAACCUGUACAUUGUUAGCCUGUCAGUGGCAGAUCUGAUUGUGGGAACGACAGUUAUGCCCCUGAACUUGAUGUAUCUGCUGGAGGAUGAGUGGAGUCUGGGGCGAGCGGUGUGCCAGUUUUGGUUGAUCAUGGAUUAUGUGGCCAGCACAGCAUCAAUCUUUAGCUUGUUUAUCCUGUGUUUGGAUCGGUACCGCUCAGUCAGACAACCUCUGAAAUACCUAAAGUAUCGAACACGAGGAAAAGCGAGCUUGAUGAUCUCUGGGGCUUGGUUACUUUCAAUGAUGUGGAUAAUCCCUAUUUUAGGAUGGAGGUCGUUCACACAUGUGRACCUYAAACCUGAGGAGGAGAACAAAUGUGACACAGACUUUCGCUUUGUUACGUGGUUCAAGGUGAUAACAGCGGUUUUCAACUUCUAUGUACCCUCAAUUUUGAUGUUGUGGUUUUACACACACAUCUACUUGGCRGUGAGGCAGCAUCUACGAGACAGAGAGCGGAUCAUUCAUCCAGCAGACUCAUUUGGAGAAAAUGAGAAUGGAGGCAAUGCCCCGAGCCCUAAAAAAAAUGACUCCAAAUCCCUCGGGAACGAAACAGAGGUUUCCCUCAAACAACUAAAAAAAGACGGACUGCUAGAUCAGAACACUCUAGCUCAAACAUAUUCACUUGAAGAUGGUGAGAAAACUAAAUCUGCUUCUUUUAGAACUCACAGAAAAAUAGGCGUAAAGUGCCAACAGUCGUCACUUCUUUCCAUGACAACAAAGCGGCUCCGAAUGGCCCGGAGGGGUAAAACGUGCUCCCUGUCACCCGAAGAGAGGCAGCCAGGACCAGAGCUUCCCCUGAGCCAGUCGUCUGCGCCGCAGGAUAUGGCAUGCUCAGGUGGAAACAAUGAGAACAAACAUCAGGCUUCUCUCAAUGAAUGCCAUGUCACAGUGACAAACUCUGUGAGUGGAGUUUGCGGUAUCAGUCCAGUGUCAGACGUGCAGAGGUACACAGAUGUGCUCUGCAACAGCUACGACCCCAGUCAGGCGCUACCAUGGCCCGAGGAAGGAGUGGAGGACACCAGAAUAGACUCGGAUAAUGGAGUGACUCUGAAACAGGCGUGGCACAGGUUCAUAGACCAAUCACGACAUCGAAUUCAAAGUCUGAGGAUUCACAAGGAGCACAAAGCUGCCAAGCAGUUAGGUUUCAUAAUCGCUGCUUUCUUGCUGUGUUGGAUUCCUUAUUUCAUAGUUUUCAUGGUCAUGGCUUUCUGCCCAGAGUGCGUGCACCACGAUCUUCACAUGUUCACCAUUUGGCUUGGUUACAUCAAUUCCACUCUGAACCCUUUCAUAUACCCACUCUGCAAUGGAAACUUUAAACGUGUUUUCAAAAAUAUUCUCAAGAUCAAUUUGUGACUGAUGUGACUGCAAGAGCAAAGAGUCACACGAAUUCUGAGCUCUUCAAGUGUUACCAAUAAUAAUAGAUGAUACAAAAAAAAAAGUUGAUGGUCUUGGAUGUUUUUUUUUAUUGUUGAUAAAGUAAAAGCAUAUUUUGGGUGGCAGCUUGUUUUGUACAUUAAGUCUCAGAUUUUAUUUUUGUAACUCGCCGUUUUACAAAGAGUCUUUUAGAGUAAAAUGUUAUUUAUUUUUGUCUGUUUUGCUGAUGUUAUUGCACUGUGUCCAGAGAUAAAGGAAUUCAUUCUUGGGAGCAGAAGUCAGAUUUUCUUAAAGUUGGUUUCUAUUGAGUUGUUGUCAAUAUUAAAUGUAUGUUUGCAGGAGACAGAGAAAAAUGUCACUUUCGUAAAAACGUAAAGAGAAAGAAGUUGUGACCACAGAGUAUAAUUAGUGGUUAGGCAGAGCAGAGCCAGCCCAAAAAUUGAUUAUUUCCAACCUAAGGUAAGUCAGUUCCCUAAAAAAAUGCAUACAGCUCAUGAUAACACUACUCUCUCCUUUUGUCACAUCCAUGCUCAUUAUUAGUCAAUGACUCAAUGCAAUCAAUUGUCUUUUUUUGUAAAUUGGUCACUCAGGAGGUAUUGCUGCAAAGUUUAUCACUCAAUAUAAUUUGAUGGCCUUCCUUAACUUUUUACUAGUUGGCAUGUUAAACUGAACUGCACUGUAUUAUAUUUUGGACUGAACUGUACUGUAUCUAAUUGGAUUUAAACUGUGAUUUAUGAUUAGGAUCUGUUUGUCUUUAAAGUAUCUUGAGAUGACAUUUGUUGUGAAUUGGUGCUUUAUUAAAAAUAAAUUAAAAUGAAUGAAAUUUAUAACCCUUUACGCUACAUCACUUUUUAAGAAGACUUUUUGAAAGAAAUAGCAUAAGCUUUAACAAGAAUUUUAUAUUGGUUAAAAAACAUGCAGUUUUAUUCUAUUUAACACUUCUUGACUUGAGUUAUUUUUGGUGUCUAUUCCUAUCUCAACGUUGCAAGUUGUUACAGAACAGGCCACUGUCUCUAUAACCUUUCAAUGCAACAGUGACAACAGUCUAACACUUUGUAAAAUACUGCUUGCAUAAAAUGCAAUUGAAGUUUUGAAACUGAAAUAGGAUAUCAGACACUGGCUUUGCUCUUUGCUCUAAUUUAGCCAACUUUACACUUGUUUCGUAGGGCAGACCAGGUUUUUUUUUUUGACAUUCCWUACACAAACGGUUGACAUGAUGUCCUGCUAUUUCUAAGCAGGAUCUGUGACCCCAUGAUGCCAUGUAUGUUUUGACACAGUCCUCUUUAGCAAUGUAUUUGGUAUCUUCCUUACUAUCCUCCUCUUUGUGAGUGAAGGCAAGAUAAAUUUGAAUUCUCAUCCAGCUUUGCUGUAAAUAUUCACAAGUUARUUUGAGAGGCUAAUUGCUCCAAAKACUUCUUUUGAMUUGUUGUAUGAAAUAAUAAACAUUUGCUUCACUUGAAUAGUUUGGUGAAGAGUAGCUUCCAGAAAUGAGCCCUUGUGUCAUAAUUGCACUCUUGGGGAAUAGGAGCUAGUAGUCAACUAAAAAAUAAUUAAAAAUAAAGAAUAUAUUAAGAAAAGCUUUAGUUAUACUGAUUUUGUAGUAAUGGAAAUUAAGCAUUAAGCAUUUCUCCCACAAGUUAUAUUAGUGGAAUAUUGUGCAACAGYUAUUAUAUAUGCAUUAAUUUUAAGGUUUUUAUAUGUGCAUCAGGAAAGUGUUAUAAGAUGGAUAAGAACCCCACAGAGCCUCCCUUUAAAAAUCAAAAUCAAAAAUAUCCCUUCAAAUGAACAUGAAUUGAGUCAAAAAUAUUUUGUCAUAAUACAAUCCAAACAUGCUUUCAAAAGAAUUAAACCUGUAACUCUGGACUUACUGUAUAUACAUGUCAAUAAAUCAGUAAAUCACAGCAAGCAUCAAUGACGGUUUUAUUAAUAAUGUGUUUCUAUUUCCAUUCAUAGCCAGGAGUAAGAGUCCAAGUUGACAGCAAACUGCAGUAUUUUUUAUUUAGAGCUAUGUGAAAAUGUUUUAAUUUAUUUUGUGUUCUAAAGUUGUUAAAAUUGAAUAACAUGAAACAUGACACUUAAGUCUGUUGGUAAUUCUGUGAUUUUCCAUGAUUUUUUCAUUAAUUACACAUGAUU